AUGUCUCGUCCACGUGGCAACGGCGGCCAGUACGAGACCCUGGCUGGUGAUGACCACGACUUUGACGACCUCCAGACCGUUUUGACUUCUGACCAGUUCGACCUCUCCAGCAACACAUCACAACACCAACACGGUGACAGGUCAGCCUCGCUUCUCCAAAAGAGACCCUCGACCCACGACGACGAGGAGGACUAUGGCGACGACGACAGCGACGACAGUGAACGCUAUAUCUACUCUUCCUCUGACGAUGAUGGCAACAACAACGAGAAGGGCUACCUCCCCACCUCUCGUCGUCGUCGCUCGAACAGAGGCCCUUAUAUCGAGACGCCCAUCCUCACCCGAUGCAACCGUGUCUGUCUGACCAUCUUUGGUGCUAUCCUCGCUAUCUGGGUCGUCAUUGCAGUCAUCCUCGGCGUUCGACGCCUGAUCGUACUCUCCCACGCAUCCAUGGCAGAUAUGAGACCAUCGUACCAGCUCGAUGACAUGUUCAACCAAUCCUUCACACCAAAGUACCAAUCCCUGGCCUGGAUGCCCUAUGGUGACGAUGGCGUGUAUUCGACUGUCAAUGACAAUGGCGAUAUCAUCCUCAGCAACGUCGAUGGAUCUGAACCCAAGGUCUUCCUUCCUGGCGCCAAUGUGACAGAUGCCCAUGGUAAACGUAUCCCCUUCUUUUCGUUUCAAGUGUCUCCAGAUCAGAAGUAUGUGCUCUUGGGCACUGACCGCCGCAAGAACUACGAGUUGACACCCCUCUUGGAUACGCCCAACCAACCGGGAGUCGAGUAUGUUGAAUGGAGUCCUGUUGGCCACACCUUGGCCUAUGUCCAGAACAACAACUUGUAUCUCUAUGAAGAGCUUCUCCUCCGUCACCAGGUCACCUACGACGGCGCCGCCACCAUCUUUAACGGAAUCACUGACUGGGUCUAUGAGGAAGAGGUCUAUGGAUCACCCGCAGCAUUGUGGUGGUCGCCCGACGGCACCGCCAUUGCCUUCUUGCGCUUUGAUGAGACUGAGGUGCCCGAGUUCCAUUACUCGCUCUACAUGAACAACCAGCUCAAUGCCCCCUCUUACCCCAAGGACAUCAUAAUGAAGUACCCCAAGGUCGGAUUCCCAAACCCCAUUGUCAACUUGCACCUCUACAACGUCAAGACCGCCCUUCGACCCACUGCCGUCCAACCCUUGGAGCCCAUCCACCUUGGCAACACCUUUGACGAUAACAACAGGAUCAUUGCUGAAGUCAAGUGGGCCACUGAGGGAUCAUCAGCGUUGCUUGUCAAGGUCCAGAACCGUGUUCAGAACCACGAGAAGCUUGUCCUUGUUGAUCCUGUGUCGCUGAAUGGAAAGAUUGUGCGCGAGUGGAAUGCAGGCAAGCAGGAUGGUGGCUGGAUUGAUAUGCAGCAGAGUAUCCGCUAUGUUCGCCCCUCGGAUGCUGUUCCUGAGGGAGGUUACCUUGACAUUGGCAACAACAACGGAUACAACCACAUUGCGCUCUAUACCCCUGUCGAGAACCCCCACCCCAAGUGGCUGACUAACGGCGAGUGGGAGGUUCAGUCCAUGGCUGCUGUCAAUGAGCAGGAUGGUCUCGUCUACUAUAUCUCCACCGAGAAAGCCAGCACCGAGCGUCACCUCUACAGCGUGGCGAUGGAUACGAUAAAACGCAAGGCGCUGACGGAUGUCACUGAGCUAGGAUACUACACGGCAUCGUUCUCGACUGGCGCUGGAUACUACUUGCUCUCGUACCGCGGACCUGACGUCCCAUGGCAAAAGGUCAAGAAGAUCUCUGACGAAAAGUUCAACACCAACGUCGAGGAUAACGUCUCUCUCCGUGCUCUCUUGGAUGAAACCCAGCACCCGACCCGUCGUUGGGGAACUGUUGAGUUGAACGGUCGUGAGUGUAACUACAUGGAGUUCUUGCCCCCCGGUUUCGCACCUGAGCAGAAGCACCCUGUUCUGUUCCAGGUCUAUGGUGGUCCCGGAUCACAGUUGGUCGAUACUCAGUUCCAGCUAGGAUUCAGUGCAAUGAUGUCGUCGGCUGAGAAGUUGAGGUAUGUUGUUGUGGUUGUUGAUGGACGUGGUACGGGUGUCCGUGGACGUGACUUCAGGAUUAGUGUUGUCAACCAGCUGGGGAAGUAUGAGACGCAGGAUCAGAUUGCUGCUGGUGAGCACUGGAAGACUCUUCCUUAUGUCGAUCCCGAGCGCGUUGCCAUCUGGGGCUGGUCGUAUGGAGGUUUCAUGGCGGCCAAGAUUACGGAGGCAAACAGCGGGGUGUUCAGGGCAGCGAUGUCGGUUGCACCAGUCACCGACUUCCGGUUCUAUGACUCUGUCUACACCGAGAGAUACAUGAACCUGCCCACGACCAAUUUGAAAGGAUACGAGACCACCGCCGUCACCAACAUGACCGGCUUUGAGAACACCGACUUCCUCCUCGUCCACGGCACCGGCGAUGACAACGUGCACGUCCAAAACGCGUUUGUAUUGAUGGAUAGGUUGACACUUGCAGGCAACCACCGCUACAAGUCCCACUUCUUUACCGACAGCGACCACGGCAUCCGCACACAUAAUGCCAACCAUGAGAUCUACUGGUUGCUUGCGGAGAACCUUUGGGAUAUCAUGGGUGGGUUUGUCGCUCCUGCCCAUCACCAUUAG